UCCUUCGACAUAGAUUCGGAAAUGAGAAGCCAGAGAUGGAAAUGGAAAUAUGAGUGGGUAUUUCUCUUCGGGACUAACUCGAUGAGGAAGUUUGUUGCAGAAUAGCUAGAGUUACCACGGUUGAAUCUGGUGAAUGAGUGGGCUUUUGGAGGGAGGUCUGUGAGGAAGUGAAGUGAAAGUGGUGAAGUGAAGUAAAGUGAAGUAAAGUGAAGUAAAUAAAGUGGAGGCUAGCAGAGGAGUGGUAGGUAGAUUGGUCAUUGCACUAAGGUUAAGGUUAUGGUAAAGUUGUUAAUAAAAUCUCACCACCUUCAUCUUUUGAAAUAUCAACAUCUCAACCCUUGGGAAUAUUAUCAACCAUAGGUAGUGAUACUCUGACAGACAUUUAUUCACUUCCGUCUUGAUCUUCCUCCUCUUCUGUAAGUACUUAUUCUCUACUGUUUACUCUAAUUGCCCUCGAAAUCUUUUGCCUUCUUUGCUUGUCUGGGUUCAUCCAACAAAAAGUGGGAGGAAAGAAAUCCAAAAAGAUUACCUACUUAUCAAUUUCAGUUACUGUCUCGAUAUAAUACCAACCACCAUAUACAAUCAUAAUACAACCCAUAUAAACCAUGGCAUCUACGACUCGAACCUUCGCUAGGGCAGGCGCUGCAUUCAAAUCAACACCUUUCAGACCCGCCACUCGUGCCAAUGCAUUCAGUGCUCCUCGUCAAGCAUUCCGUCAACAAUCUCGUCGUGGAUAUGCUUCUCAAGGACCUGCCAAAUCUUCCUUCCCUCUCUCCAUUGGUGUUGCUGCUUUAGCCAUUGCUGGAGGUGCUGGAUACUACUUUGUAUCUCAAGGAAAUGGAUCAUUCUUGAGUGGUUCUGCUAAAGAAACCGCCGGUCUCAUCACUCCUAAGUUUGAAGAUUAUCAAAAGGUUUAUAAUGAGAUUGCCGCGAGAUUGGAGGAGAAGGAUGAUUAUGAUGAUGGUUCUUAUGGUCCUGUCUUGGUCAGAUUGGCGUGGCAUGCAAGUGGAACUUUCGAUAAGGAAACUGGUACUGGUGGGAGCAAUGGUGCGACUAUGAGAUUUGCCCCUGAGGGUGAUCAUGGUGCCAAUGCUGGUUUGGUUGCUGCGAGAGAUUUCUUGCAACCUGUUAAGGGUAAGUCAAUCAUUUACUUUUUCAUGGAGGAGGAAGAGUCGCUCCGCUGGCCCUUCGGGGACCACUGCCGUGGUAGACUAUUAGAGAGGCUAUUUUUAAUAAAUGAAAGAAAUUGAGGAGAGUCAUAUCUUACUGAUGUCUCUAUAGCCAAGUUCCCAUGGAUCUCCUACUCUGACCUCUGGAUCUUGGCUGGUAUUUGCGCCAUCCAGGAAAUGCAAGGUCCAGUCAUUCCUUUCCGACCAGGUAGACAAGAUAAGGAGGUUGCAGCUUGCACACCUGAUGGACGUCUUCCAGAUGCUUCUCAAGGUAACAAGCAUUUGAGAGAUAUCUUUGGUCGUAUGGGAUUCAAUGACCAAGAAAUCGUUGCUUUGAGUGGUGCUCAUGCUCUUGGUCGUUGUCACACCGAUCGUAGUGGUUUUGAGGGUCCUUGGACUUUCUCACCAACUGUUGUCACCAAUGAGUACUACAAGCUUUUGUUGAAUGAGAAGUGGAACUGGAAGAAGUGGAAUGGUCCUAAGCAGGUAUGGAUAUCUUUCAAUCGAUCGUUACCUUCCUGGAAAGUAAAGAAAAAACAAACUAACAUAUUAAACUAAAAUAGUACGAAGACAAGACUACCAAAACCCUUAUGAUGCUUCCAACUGACAUGGCGCUCGUCUCGGAUAAAACUUUCCGUUCAUACGUUGAGAAAUACGCUGCGGAUGAAUCUCUCUUCAUGAAAGAUUUCGCUAAUGUUAUCACCAAGCUCUUUGAACUCGGUGUUCCUUUUGCAGAGACCACAGAACAAGCUCCUAUGAAAUUCAAGCCUACUGCCUAGGUAUACCACUACAUCACUAAACGAAUCGAGUUCGAUAUAGAGUUGGGGUUGGUAAUAGAUAAAGGAUAGUUAGGUAGAUAGAUUUUUGCUUGUUCUUUGGAGAAGCGGGAGUUUGGUGGAUUUAAAUGUUCUAGAUGGAUGCGUGGAUGAAUAGACUUUCUACUCAUUUGAAAGCAAGAUCUUUGGACGUAGUUGGUGGAAAAUGAGAUAAGGAUUAGAUGAAGUCAUAUCCUGUGCGAUAUGAGAUGGUAAUUAAAUCUAGCUUUGACUAGAUUAUGAUUACCUUGAUUAGAUGCGUAUGUACAAUUUACGAUGGUGGAAUGGAUUUGUUACAUAGGCAGCGAAAGAAGAAAUGGAGAAAGAAGAAAGAAUAUACCUCUCAUCAUAUAGAUGCUAGCUAAUUAUGAUCUCGAUGAUGUGUGUGUACUGUGUCUG